AUGGUGGGACGGGCCUCACUGGUUAGCAAAAGACUCAUUCCAUUGGCCAACUCAACGCAUCGGGACGGGGGACGCAGCGGCGCUCGAAGAGCGGCCAGGUCUUACACUCUCACUCGCAACAUCACCCUCACCGGUUUACGAUCUCAUCUUGAAAUACUCAUCUCUCACACGGUUGUUGCGAAUCACCUCAUGGCUCUUCAAGCCAUUCAGGGAGCAUACUUCACUUCAGAGCUUAAAACACUCACAUCGGGCUACACUCUCCCGAAAUCGCAUCCGAUCACGCGAUUAACGGGCUUCAUAGAUCAUCAAGGCAUUCUCAGGGUGGGAGGACGGCGGAAGCACUCAGCCUUACAACCUGAUUGCAAGCACUCAGUCAUUCUCCCUCGGGACUCACCACUUACGGCACUUCUCAUCGCUGAUGCCCACGAGCGCACUCUCCACGGCGGGACUCAACUCACUCUGGCUUAUCUACGGCAGAGCUGCUGGAUCAUCGGCGGGCGUGGGCCAGUACGCUCAUACAUUUUGCGUUGCGUGCGGUGCGUGCGCUUCCGGGCGCUCAAGGCACAGCAACUAAUGGUUCAGUUGCCAAUCUCACGGGUUACGCCGGCAAGGCCGUUUCUCUUCUCGGGGGUCGACUACGCGGGGCCAGUUCCACUCAAAAGCUGGCGCGGGCGUGGGAGCAAAUGUCACAAAGGCUGGUUGUGCAUUUUCGUUUGUUUCGCUACCUCCGCUAUGCACCUUGAAGUUGUUACAGAUUUAACCACGGACGGGUUCCUCGCAGCACUCAAACGGUUCACGGGCAGACGCGGGAUUCCGCACACGAUCCAAAGUGAUUGCGGAACCAACUUUCAGGGUGCAGCAGCGGAGCUACGACAAUUAUUCAAAACGGGUACACGGGAAUCCGAACUCAUUCAGCACACUGGGGCAACUGACGGGAUUAAAUGGGUGUUCAACCCACCGGGGGCACCUCAUAUGGGCGGAAAAUGGGAGGCCGCAGUAAAAUCGGUCAAGUAUCAUCUCCGGCGGACGAUUGGGGAUGCCAGUCUCACGUUUGAAGAAUUUACGACUCUUCUCACACAAAUUGAGGGCAUACUCAACUCGCGGCCGUUGGAGCCUCUGUCGGAUGACCCGGAUGAUUAUUCGGUUCUCACCCCUGGGCAUUUUCUCAUCGGGGACACACUCACCUCCAUUCCUGAGCCCUCAUUACGGGAUGUGCCUCAAGGUCGCCUCACACGGUGGCAAUGGCUCCAGGAACGGGCUCAAUACUACUGGGAGCACUGGUCAUCGGGAUACCUGCAACGGCAGCAGGCUAUAUCAAAAUGGCAUCAUCCGAGUCACGACAUCCGGGUCGGGUCUAUGGUUCUACUCAUGAACGAAAACACGUCACCCACAAAGUGGCCACGGGCACGGGUCACACAACUUCAUCCGGGAAAGGACGGGCUCACACGGGUGGUUACACUCAAAACGGCGACGACCACACUCACACGGCCUACCACCAGACUGGCACUCUUGCCAGUGCCUCAACCGGGAUCAAUCGACAGCACUGCUGCCGAUGGCGGGCGGAAUGUUCAGGAUUGA